AUGGCUUCAUCAUCGAACAAUCUUGAUGUAAAUGAACAUCAUGAAGAAAUUAUUCGUCGUUAUGUUCGUUAUUCUCGUGAACAAAAAGAUAUUGGUUUACGAUCAUUUCAUGCUGCAGCUGAUGAUUUUAAAAAUCAACGAUUAUCAGAUGAAGCAAUGAUGACAGUCAAUGAAGUUAAUGAUUUUCUUAAUGAAUUUAUUGAUGUAUUAGAAAAAGAAUUUGAACAAGAAUUAACACAUCAAUAUCGUGUUAAUGCUUUAUUAAUAAAACAAUUAUUUCAACAAGCUGAACAAUGGUUUCUUAAAUUAAAUCCAAAUUUUGAUCAAUUAGAAAAUCGUCGUUUAAUAGAUCUUAUUCGUGAUUAUGAACAACAACAAUUAAAUAAAACGAAAUCAAAAGGAAAUAAAGAAAUGAAUACACUUAUGGAUCCAAUAAAUGAUACAAAAUCAACUGUUCUUCUUAAAACUGAAAUCCAAAAAUUACAACAAUUAAAUGGACAAUUAAAACAACGUUUAUCAAAAUAUGAAAAAGAUGAUGAAUAUUUAAAUCAACAAUUAGAAGAAAAUACACGUUCAUUUAGUAAUAAAGAAGCAUCAUUUUCUCAACAAUUACAAUCAAAUGAAAAACGCUUAAAAGAUGUUCAACAAGCACUUUCAUUAGCUGAAAAUGAAUUAGAAAAAAAAUUUAAUCAAACUAAUACAUAUAUUAAUAUGAAAAAAAUUAUUGAUAAAAAAAAUCAACAAAUACGCGAAUUACGUCAACAAUUAACUAGUGAUAAUAAUGAUGAACAAGACGAUGAAGAUUGA